UGGGACCCCCUCCGGGACUGCGCAGAAUGCACCAAGCCGAGGGCAAAAAAAAACCCAGCAACUGUUUGAGCCCAGUAACCUGCGCUCUUCCCACCAACCUCUCCACCCUACCUCCGCCCACAUACCAGUGUCCUGGGACUAGGAGGUACCUUUAUGUCCCCUUCUGGGGCCUGCACUCCAACCUCAUCUCCCGAGUUAUGGGAAGGCUGAGGCAAGUUCUCACCAAAGCGCAUCCUUUCUGAAUUUUGCAGGGGGAAGCUUGGUAGUGUUGGCGCUCUUGUAGAGCCGGCGCCCGUUUAUCACCCCCAGGCAACUAGCUAGAGAAUCCCUGGGGCCAACCGCACCCCUUUGUCUUUCACGGAACUCGGACUCCCGGGGAAAUACGCCCGGGGUCCGCGCGCGCUGGGUGUCCAGCUCUCUGCCAUAGCUUCUCCAAGUGCCUAGUGAAACAGGGAAAGGCCAUCUCCAAUCCUUUUGGUACCUUCCUGUGCAAUCCUGAAACGAUUUUCCCCUCCUAGCAGUCCCAGAGGGCCCGAAUUUUAGGAGAAGGCGUGCCGGUACGCUCUCUAACAGGCGUUGCCACCCGGGGUAGGCGCUCAGGAUCUGCGGGGCGCGGGCGGGCCAGGGGAAAAAGCUGCGAGGCAGGCGGCGCCGGAGGGAGCGCCUGGCCCAGCAAAGAGUUAAAGGGAGGGAACGUGGGCUGUCACGCGUCAUUGGGCAGAUUAUGUGCAGCAAACAAAAAGUGUGUGUCUGCGUGCCAGUCAGUCACUGCAUCGGGUCCAUCUGUACAACUCUCUCCGUUUCUCUCUCUCUCUCUCUCUCUCUCUCUCACUCUCUCUCUCUCAACACACACACACGCUCUCUCUCCCCUCCCUUCUUCCCUCCACCCCCCAAUCUAUUUCUCCCCAUCUCUCUAUCUCUCUCUUACCUCUUUAGGAAGAGCCUAAAAGACGGCAACACCAAUACCUCUUGACAUGGAAAUACACUGAUACAAUAGGCAAAAACAAACACUGUAUUGCGCAUCUUCCCGGUUCCAGGUGGCCUUAUUUGGGAGAUUCUAUACUGACCUUAUUCCUGUGAUGGAGGAUACGGGCAUCCAGCGAGGCAUCUGGGAUGGAGAUGCCAAGGCUGUCCAACAAUGUCUGACAGAUAUUUUUACCAGCGUUUACACCACCUGCGACAUCCCUGAGAAUGCUAUAUUUGGUCCCUGUGUCCUGAGCCAUACUUCCCUAUAUGACAGCAUAGCUUUCAUAGCUCUCAAGUCUACUGACAAGAGAACGGUACCUUAUAUCUUUCGGGUAGACACCUCAGCAGCAAAUGGUUCCUCAGAAGGUCUCAUGUGGCUGCGAUUGGUCCAAUCGGCCAGAGAUAAGGAAGAGCAGAACCUUGAAGCCUAUAUAAAAAACGGACAGCUGUUCUACCGCUCUCUCCGCAGGAUUGCCAAAGACGAGGAGUUAUUAGUUUGGUACGGGAAAGAACUGACUGAGUUACUCUUGCUCUGCCCCUCUAGAUCCCACAACAAAAUGAAUGCAGGGUCGUCCCCUUACACAUGCCUGGAAUGCAGCCAACGUUUCCAGUUUGAGUUCCCCUAUGUGGCGCAUCUGCGUUUCCGCUGCCCCAAGAGACUUCACAGCGCUGAUAUAAGUCCCCAAGACGAACAGGGCGGCGGCGUGGGCACCAAGGACCACGGGGGCGGCGGCGGCGGCGGAGGCGGUGGCAAAGACCAGCAGCAGCAGCAGCAGCAGCAGCAGCAGCAGCAGCAGGAGGCGCCUUUAGGCCCGGGUCCCAAGUUUUGCAAAGCUGGCCCCCUCCACCACUACCCAGCCCCCUCCCCCGAGAGCAACCCACCCGCUGCCGCCGGCGGCAGCAGCGCGAAACCAUCCACCGACUUCCACAACCUGGCCAGGGAGCUGGAAAACUCCCGGGGAGGCAGCAGCUGCUCCCCAGCACAGAGUCUCAGCAGCGGUAGCAGCAGCGGCGGCGGCGGCCACCAGGAGGCGGAGCUGAGUCCCGACGGCAUCGCCACUGGCGGCGGCAAAGGAAAGAGGAAAUUCCCGGAGGAGAUGGCGGAGGGCGGCGGUGGCGCGGGGCUGGUAGGAGGCCGGGGCCGCUUCGCAGAGCGGCCCCUCCCGGCCUCCAAGGAGGAUCUGGUGUGCACGCCGCAGCAGUACCGAGCCUCGGGCAGCUACUUCGGCCUGGAAGAGAACGGCCGCCUCUUCGCGCCGCCCAGCCCCGAGACGGGCGAGGCGAAGCGCAGCGCCUUCGUGGAGGUGAAGAAGGCCGCCCGGGCGGCCGGCCUGCAGGAAGAGGGGACCGCCGACGGCGGGGGCGUUGCCGCCGAGGAUCAGGACUCUGGCGGCGGCGGCGGCGGCUCCUCCACGCCUGCGGCCCCGUCGCCGGUGGGCGCCGAGAAGCUACUGGCCCCGCGGCCCGGGGGCCCGCUGCCUAGCCGGCUCGAGGGCGGCAGUCCUGCGAGGGGCAGCGCCUUCACUUCGGUGCAGCAGCUGGGCAGCGCGGGCAGCACCGGCGGUGGCGGCGGCACGGGCGCCGGAGCUGCAGGCGGCGCGGGCGGGGGCCAGGGCGCCCCGUCGGACGAGCGCAAAAGCGCCUUCUCGCAGCCAGCGCGCUCCUUCUCGCAGCUGUCCCCGCUGGUGCUGGGCCAGAAGCUGGGCGCGCUGGAGCCGUGCCACCCUGCCGACGGCGUGGGCCCCACUAGACUCUACCCCGCCGCCGCGGACCCUCUAGCAGUGAAGCUCCAGGGGGCCGCGGACCUGAAUGGAGGUUGCGGGUCCCUGUCGAGCGGCGGCGGCGGCCUGCCCAAGCAGAGCCCCUUCCUGUACGCCACCGCGUUCUGGCCCAAGAGCUCCGCUGCCGCUGCAGCCGCUGCUGCGGCUGCAGCCGCCGGGCCCUUGCAGCUGCAGCUGCCCUCGGCGCUCACGCUGCUGCCGCCCUCCUUCACCUCGCUGUGUCUGCCCGCGCAGAACUGGUGCGCCAAGUGCAAUGCCUCCUUCCGCAUGACCUCCGACCUGGUGUACCACAUGAGGUCGCACCACAAAAAGGAGUAUGCGAUGGAACCCUUGGUGAAGCGGCGGCGAGAGGAGAAACUCAAGUGCCCCAUCUGCAACGAGUCCUUCAGGGAGCGCCACCACCUCUCCAGGCACAUGACCUCGCAUAAUUGACUCCGAAAGGACCCCAGCUUUCCACGCGCGCGCACGCACAGUCAAGCCACCUGCAGGAAUAAACAUGCGAGAACAUCCACAGCUUCCUUGCACCCCAAAAUACUGCACACAGACACAUACGUCACCCCCACACACUACACAUGUCCUCCGCUCCCAGGAACCUCGUUGAGACAUUUACCCGGGACACACACACACACACACACACACACACACACACACCCCAGGAUGGUGGAUUUUUGAUUGGGUGGGUUGUUUGUGGGAGUUUUCUUUUGAAUGCACGCAUUUUCACUUUCCCCAAAACAAAGGUACAUUUUUUAAAAUGUCAUAUAUUGCAACAUAUUGAUGCAUUUGUCAUACGUUUCUACUUAAAUUAUUAAGCACUUACGGUUUAGAUGUAAUAAUUAUAUGUAAGGGCAAAAUUUAUUUUAGAUAUAAAGGAGGAGGGUGAGAUGCUUUGCAUUUCUUGGUGAUCGUUUGUGUUCUUACAAAAAUAAACAAAAUGAAUAAAAAGGAGUCGCCAUUCAAUUUGAGUUUCCAGGGGGAAGUGCAUGUGUAAUGAUGUGAUUAUGGACUUCAAUGAAGAAUGUCAUCAAUUAUGUAAAUAUGUAUUUCCUUUUAAUACAAAGUGUAAUUUUGUGCCAGUGAAAUGGAGUCUGAAUAGUUAUGUGUUUCUUUUAUCCCUGGAAAUAUUUAUUAAACUUUAUAGUUUAUCUGAGUAUGUUGGAUGCUUUGACAAUAAAUGACUAUUUUCUUCAAAGCAAA